AUUGAGAAUCGCUUUAAUAUGCUGUUUAGAGCGUGCAAUCACUAGCCAAACCUUCUCACAUACAGCGUUAGAAAUACUCUGAUGAAUGCUAUAAUCUUCAUGGUAUCCCUUUUGGGACUUUUCUCCUCUCAAAUAAGCCCGACAGGGUCCAUAUGGAUCGGAACCAAGAUAGGAGAAAUCCACAAGCUGAUCAUGAACUUCGCGACCUGCAUGGCCCACGCUGGUUCUUUCCCCCGCUUCGACAUAUCCACGCCGGAGGGCAAAAGGUUGGAGAACAUACGCGCAGACAUGGACCGACUGACCCGAUGCUCCAUAUGGACGGUCAUAGUGUGCGGUCCCUUGCACCACAUCAGGGCAACGUACAACCUUUUGAUGCUGCUGACAGAGAACCCCCUCCUAAUCACAGAUGUAGCAGCCAGUCCCUUCAGGUGCGCCUUCAGGUUGAUGUGCUUCAUCAGUAGCAAUGUACCGUUCCUGAGAUGCGAUCAGGUACUGGAUCAGAAUCCUUUUCCUCCAUUGCGCAAUGAUUUUCUCGAUUUACCGCCCUUCGGUGGUCGUCCUUUGCCUCCUUUUCCUCCUUUGCCGAGUCCACCUUACGGAGUCCUGAAUCUCGAAGGUUCCGGCAUACCUGGUGUCCCCAUAGGUUCGUCGUUUCCAGGUUCCUCGUUUCCUGGUUCGUUGAAUAUCGGAAGUAACUUUCCACCAUUUGGACCCAACGCGGUAGGUUCGCCUUUUCCUCAAGGUCCCACUUUCAAUGGAUUGGACACCCUACCUCAGAUGCCUAGCGAUUUUUCGAAUAUUUUCAAUGCGCCACCUAUGAAUCCUAUACAACCGCCAGCACCGGGUAAGACUGACCAAUCGACGACCAUAACGGAAAAGUCUGCCGGAGAACAAGAUCCUGGGAUCCCAAUCGACUUCAUGAAGGAUAUGUAUUUGGGAAUGGGCAGAGAUCCGUCUUCAGACAGCGCAAGUUCCAAGAAAUUUGAAGAUAGUCUUGGACUUCCACCUUUCGAAGGUGUAAAUGUUUAAUAUUUAGUAUGUAUUCCAAUAAAAUAUAGUCCAACCUGACUUAACCAAACCUAACUCUCAGCAAUAAAAAAGGCAAUUUACAAAUCCUCAGAAUCUCCAUAAAUGAUAAGAAUAUCAAUAUAAAAGUUUACAAAAUGCUAGCAAAAGAACUGAAAGAAUAAAAUUAUAGUGAUCGUGAUGCUGGAUGCUGAACUUGUCUUUCUGUAUACUCGAUGUAACUCGUUAUGGUACCUACAUAAAUUGCAAUUUAUUGGAUGAUUGAGAUAUUUUUAUGUGAGCAAUAAUUCUAUAAUAACGGAAAUAAAUGACCAUGAUUUAUAAAAUACACAUAGGUACCGUAUUGGUGUUCAAAACAAAGUAAAGUGAUAAGGAAAGGUGA